AUGUGCAUUGACGUCCCCCCCACCUACUCUCCCAGCCAUGCCGCAAAGUGCACUGGGAGCCCAGGCUCUGACUGGAUGCUGAAGAAUGAGACAUCCCCGAGAGACCAGUGGGCGGGACUGGGGGGGAAGGGACCCGCCCUCUGGCUCCUCGGCUUCCGCAUCCGCAGGAAUCCUGUCACCGUUUACAUCCUCAACCUGGCCUUUGCAGACUUCACCUUCCUCCUCUUCAUGCUCACCUCCGCCCUGUUAUACAUCGUGGAGAAUGUCUCCUGUUCCACUUUAGAGCUCCUGAACUAUCUGAGGCCACUUUUCCUGCUGUCUCUCUUUGCCUACAACAUGGGCUUAUAUCUCCUGGCAGCCAUCAGCAUUGAGAGGUGUGCAUCCGUCCUGUGCCCACUCUGGUAUCGCUGCCGCCGCCCUAAGCGCUUGUCAGCCAUUGUGUGUGCCCUUCUCUGGGCUCUCUCCAUCUCUGUAAUUGCUACAGUGACUUUUCUCUGCAUAUCUCACCACCAUGAGCACUGCCAGCUGGCUCUCAUCUCCAUGUAUGUCCUCACUUCCCUUAUUUUUGCCCCACCUAUGGUCAUUUCCAAUGUGAUCCUCUUUAUUAAGAUCCUAUGUGGCUCACAGCGACGUCAACCCAGGAGGCUCUACAUCGUUAUCUUCCUCACAGUCCUCUUCUUCCUCCUCUUUGUGGUUCCCCUCAGCAUCUGGAACUUCUUACAGCAGUUUAACUAUGUCGCCGGGCAGUCCCAGAUUGUUUUCUUGCUAGCCUGUAUCAACAGCAGCAUCAACCCAUUUAUCUACUUCCUGGUGGGGAGCUACAAGAGGCAUUGCUCCUUGGUCUCUUUGAAGGUUGCCUUCCAGAGGGUCUUUGAGGAAACGGUGGUUACCACCAUCUCCAGCUAA